UCGAGUAUCAAAAUCCGUCAUUGCCGUCAUUGCUGCAAAAAACUCCGAAAAAAAUAAUAAUGGCGAAAAUUACCUCAUGAAAAUGCUCUAGAAAAUACAAACACAAGUAAAAUAGUUACAAGAAUCUUGUUACAUAGCUUAUACGUUGAUCAGUUCGACAGACAAGUUCUUUUUUUCUAUGUAGUUGAUAUAAGGAAAAACCGUAUUAUAAGCACAACAAACAGUUUUUUGAAGUGAAAAAGUGUAUUUUGGUUGAAAAUGAGUAACAUGGGUCAAUUCAACAAUAAGAACCCUCCAUGGGGUAGAGCAAACAAUUCCCCGAAUAUUGUGAACCAACCAAGCCCUUUACAACAACAAAUCAUGAACCAAAGUGCCCUGAAUAACAUGAAUACGUCCGGAAUGGUGCAGUUUCAACAGCAACACCAACAGCAGGUGUUCCAGAAUGCUAUGGGGCUCCAGCAGCAGAACCUGGGGAUUGGGCUGCAGCAAAUGGCGAAUAAUGCGAUGGGGGCUGCAGGUUUGAGUUCCCAGCUGGCAUCCAACCAAAUUUUCCAGCAAGUCGGUGCCGUAACCUAUCCUAAUCCUCGGGGUUUGAAUCCAACAGCGUUUCAAACUCAGAAUAUAUCAGCCGUGCCCCCUGUUCAAAACAACUCGAAUGUGGGGACCAAACAGCGAGUUUUUACCGGGACUGUGACGAAAGUUCAUGAUAAUUUUGGUUUCGUUGAUGAAGACGUGUUUUUUCAAGUAAAUGCCUGCGUUAAGGGCUCAAACCCAACGGUAGGCGACCGGGUGUUGGUGGAAGCUUCGUAUAACCCCACUAUGCCUUUCAAGUGGAAUGCUACCCGAAUUCAAGUUCUUCCAAUGUCAAAUCAGCCUUCUAAUAGACAUUCAAAUAAUUCGAAAAAUUAUAAUAAUUCGAAUGCUAACACUUAUAAUGCUGUUCCGCCGCCGUCUGAUAAUUCAAACGGGAAUUUUGGUCGAAAUCAGAGACCUAAAGCCGUGUUGGGUAGAGGCCGAGAGAGGUCGCGGGAUCGGGAAAGAGACGAUGAUGAAAUUGAGAGAAAGAGACGGAGGGAAGAACGUAUGCGAGAACGAGAAAAAGAAGAAAAGAAGUCGCCACUGCGAAGACGGUCUAGGUCUCCCAAAUCGAGGCGUAGGUCGCGGAUUGUACCACGCUACAUGGUACAAAUACCCAAAAUUGCAUUGGAUUUAUCAGAGGCUGAUGUCUUGGAAAUUCGUCGCAGAUAUGCGAAUCUUUACAUCCCAUCUGAUUUCUUUUACACUCACUUCAGAUGGGUUGAUGCUUUCCCUCCUGACAAACCCUUCACUAUGAACAAACCUUGCUAUUUUCACAUUAUGAAUAAAGAAGUCGACCCUGUCAUUGAAAACGAUGCCAUUCUUGAACCACCUGAUGCAGACUACCUCUUUUCUGCCAAAGUAAUGUUGAUGAGUAUGUCCGGUUUGGACGAACUUUACCAAAAAUGUUGUGCCAUGGCUGAAGACAAAGAUAAAAGAGACAGGGAAAGUGAAGAGAGAGAUUUUGUUCAUCCCGCCCGAUUAUUGAACUUUUUAGUAGGGUUGAGAGGUAAAAAUGAGACUAUGGCUAUUGGAGGACCGUGGAGUCCGUCUUUGGAUGGCGAGAAUCCAGAUAAGGAUCCGUCAGUUUUGAUUAAAACGGCUAUUCGUACCUGCAAAGCUCUCACUGGGAUCGAUUUGUCAAGUUGCACGCAAUGGUACCGGUUCGUGGAGCUGUAUUACCGGCGCAGCGAAUCGACCCACAAAGGCAGGGCCGUACCGGCGCGGGUCGAAACCGUGGUGCUCUUUCUACCAGAUGUUUGGAGUUGCGUGCCUACCCGUCUGGAGUGGGACGGCCUCCAUCAGAGCUACAGAAAGCAGCUGGAACGCAGACUGAAAGCCGACCUGGAAGGCGGCGACGACACGCCACCAGCUGACGAAAAGGAAGAAGAACCUCCAAGUGACAAACUCGAACCAACCCACUACUCGCAAUUGGAUCCCAAGACGAUGGUCGUCAGUGCGCUACGAAACGAACUUAAAGCGAGAAAUAUCAACUCGAAGGGGUUAAAAUCGCAGUUGGUGGCUAGAUUGGCUAAAGCUCUUAAAGCUGAAGCGGAAAAAGUGGAAGAUCCGUCGAAAGAUGUUCAACAAGAAGUUGAUUACGAUAUUAGUGCAGAUGAUAAGAAAAUUGAGGUAGGAUCAAUGCAACUGCAAUUCAAUCAAUCAAAACAUUUUGAACAGGCGGAAGAAAAGAAACUGGAUGAAAAAGAAAAGGCAUUGCUUGAAAAACGGUACACUUUGCCAGAACAACAACACAUUUUAGUGCAUCCAUCACGAACAGCUAAAUCGGGCAAAUUUGAUUGCACUAUCAUGUCGUUGUCAUUAUUACUAGAUUAUCGACCUGAAGACACCAAAGAACAUUCGUUUGAAGUUUCGUUGUUUGCGGAGCUGUUCAAUGAAAUGCUGAUGAGAGAUUUUGGUUUUAAUAUUUAUCGUGCUUUAUAUGAACUGCCGGAUAAAGUCAAAGAUGACAAAAAGAAGAGAGAUGAUGACAAAAAGAGUGACGCGAGCGAUAAAAAAAGUAAUGAUGAAAUUAAAAGUAAGAAAGAUGACGAAAAGAAAAAGGACGAAGACAAAAAAGAAGAAAAGGAACAAGACAAAGAGAAAAAGAAUGAAGAACAAAACAGCAAGGAUGACCAAAAAAGAGAUAAGAAAGAUGAAGCGGAGAAGAAAAAGAGAGACGAUAAGAAAUCAGACGACAGUGAAGACGAUGAAGAAUACGACGAUGAAGAGGGAAAAGACAAAAAGAAGGAUAAAGAGAAGAAGAAAAAAGAACGGGUUAAAAUGUAUACCAAAGACAAACAUUUGUUACUAUCUUUUAUUUAUUUUGACCAAACUCAUUGCGGUUACAUUUUCGAUAAAGAUAUCGAAGAUCUUUUGUACACUCUGGGUUUGAACUUAUCGAGGGCACAAGUGAGGAAACUUGUAGGAAAAGUUGUAACACGUGAUUCUUUACAUUACCGCAAAUUAACGGACAAACCAAAAGAUAACAAUGAGUUUAUUGUUAUUGAUGAUUCGGAAAAAGAAACGAAUUUACAUGAUUUAGCUGUGGGAAAUAAGAAAUUGAUUCCCAUUUUUGUUGGUGAUGAAGGUCCUUUGAAAAGAAUUAAAGUAAACGGAUCCGAAAAUGAAGAGUCUCCAAAUCCAGAUGAUGGUCUAGUGACAUAUAGAGGCGCUUUAGUCGAUGUUGGUAAGUUAAUGUCGCAAUUGGAACGGAGUGAAAAAGCACGUCUCGAAACUGAAAGUAGGAUGGUCAGUUUGAAGAAUGAAAAUAAUAAAAUGUCAGAAAAGUAUAAUAAAUCCAACAACACAAUAAAAUAUUUAAACUCGGAUUUGAAAGAGUAUAAAGAAAAGUUACGAACUACCGAAGAUGCACUCAGUAGAAUUACAGCAUACUCGAAAUUGUAUCAAACGACGCUGUUGGAUAUUCGAGAAAAAAUUGAUCCCGUCUUGAAAAGCACUUCAAAUAGCAAGGAGGAAGCAACAGUUAAGAAAGAAAAUGAAAAGGAUAAAAAACACGAUGAAUCUAAAACAAGAUGGGAAAAGGAAGUGAAGCAAGAAGAAGUAUUGGAAGUAGAUCCGGUUGAAGUUAAAAAGGAACUGUAGGGUGUAUGUUUGUAUUUGUUUUGAAUUCUGGAAGUUAAAGUUGAAGUGCUUGGUCGUGUAGGAUUAAAAUAAAUAAAAUGUAUGAAUUUA